AUGGAAAGUCGUCCACCAGAUACUCAAGUCGCGGCACCACCAUUUGACCAACCUUCCGCGGACAUCAUCGUCCGCAGCACCGACCGCGUCGACUUCCUCGUUCAUCGAACCAUCCUCGCGCAGGCAUCUCCCGUCUUCGCGGACAUGUUCACCCUCCCCCAACAGCCUCGAGGAAGCGCGGACACAGAACCCCCGGUCGUCGAGGUUUCCGAGGACAAGGAGACCCUGCGUCAUCUCCUCCUGUUCUGUUACCCAGUAAAGAAGCCCGCGUUGACGUCGUUCGAGGACAUCGUUCCGGUGCUUUCUGCGGCCGUCAAGUACGACAUGGGGUGGCUGGUCGACCUUCUUUCCGCGUAUCUCAAGCCCAUGAUGUCGGCUCGCCCUCUGCGGGUGUGGGCCAUCGCGUGCGGCGCCCGUCUCGAGGAGCUCGCGCAAGAGGCCGCGGAGCAGAUCAAGGCGAACAGGACGGUGUCCAAGAGGUUCAUGCAGACGAUGUGCAGAUUAGUGAAGGAGGAAGGACUGGACGUUCUCAACAACAUCAGUGGUGGGGAGUACUUCCGCCUGUUCGAGCAUUGGCGCUGUCGUGGUUCCUUCACGCUCUACCCCGCCGUCCCCCCUGCCCCGUCAUCCACAUACCCGUUUCCGGUGGAUAAUUGCGUGGAAUUUGUUCCCGCAGAUCCUCCCCCUGACAUUCUCCUACGGUGCACGGACAACAAGGUUGUCAAAGCACAUCGGCUCAUCCUGCUGCUCCACAUGGCGAAGGUCACGCUCACAGGGCCGCCGUGCGAGGACCCCGACUCUCUCCCUCUCUCAUCUAUCGACAUGUCGUCCACGCAGCUGGUUCCGCUGCUCCGAGUGUGUUACCGGGGCGAAUUGGCACUGCCCUCCGGGCCCGAGGCCAUUGCCGGCAUGCUGUCAGACUGUCGGAGGCUCCAGAUGGACGGCAUGCUACCUAUGUUGGCACGUAGAUGGAAGGAGACGGUAGAGGCGGCACCCUUUGAGGCCUACUUUGCGGCGGCAGACCGCUUCGACCCCUGCGACGCUGCCGCGGCCGCGAGGGAGACGAUCAAGCACAAGCUCGACGGAGUGUACACCCCGAACAUGGAGAACGCGUCCGCGGCCGCAUGCCAUCACUUGCUUGAGUUCUACCGCGACACCUAUGAGCUCGCGCUCUACCGCGACGAGGUUUCCAGGAAGAAACUGGAGGACGAUGUCAGGCGCAUUACGGAUAAGUUGACCCUCAAACAGGUUUGGCGGCGCCCGCUUGAUGAGGUGAGCGGGUACUUUGGGGCUGCGUGA